AGGAGGAGGUGGAGGAGGUGGUCGCUGUGUCAGGUGGAAACACGGACCUCUAUGGAUCAUCACCUCCUUCCAGCACCGGCUCACAUCCUCGGCAGCACCGACAGCGUCUCCCGGCCGGCGGUCACCGCUGCAGGGACGCAGCUCCCCUUCCUCCGCCGACACUCCGCGUCUCCCCGGUGCAGACUCCCCGGACCUGUCCUGUAAACACCCAGACGAAGGAGGACUAACCGAGGAGGAAUAAAAAGCUCCUCCAUUGACAAACCGCUGUCCUCAUCGAUUCAGCCCGUCUUGGUAGAGGAGGACAAAACCAACCCCCCCAGGAAGCUGCCACAGAAGCCGAAGGGCGUCGGGCGCGAUGGCCAAUGCCUCCCCAGACCUGGACAACGCGGAAGCCCAGCGCCAGCUCAACAACAACAACCGACCAAUCAGCUCCGGGUUCUGGGAGACGGAGUGCACGAGCUCCAAGCUGUUCGAGUGCUCCCGCAUCAAGGCCCUGGCAGAUGAACGAGAUGCGGUGCAGAAGAAGACUUUUACCAAGUGGGUGAACUCACAUCUGGCCAGAGUGUCCUGUCGUAUAUCUGACCUCUACAACGACCUGAGAGAUGGAUACAUGCUCACCCGACUGCUGGAGGUGCUCAGUGGAGAGCUGCUGCCGAGACCGACUCGGGGACGUAUGCGGAUCCACUGCCUGGAAAAUGUUGACAAAGCGCUGCAGUUCCUUAAAGAGCAGAGGGUUCACCUGGAAAAUGUCGGUUCCCACGACAUCGUGGACGGAAACCACCGUCUCACCCUGGGCCUCAUGUGGACAAUUAUUCUACGCUUCCAGAUCCAGGUGAUCAAAAUAGAAACGGAGGACAACAGAGAAACUCGCUCUGCCAAGGACGCUCUGCUGCUCUGGUGCCAGAUGAAGACCGCAGGGUACCCUGAGGUCAACAUCCAGAACUUCACCACCUGCUGGAGAGACGGCCUCGCCUUCAACGCCCUCAUUCACAGACACAGACCCGACCUGAUAGAGUUCCACAAGCUGACGCGCUCCAAUGCAACUCAUAACCUGCAGCAAGCCUUCAACAUCGCAGAGCAGAACCUGGGCCUCACCAAGCUGCUGGACCCCGAGGAUGUAAACACAGAGAACCCAGAUGAAAAGUCUAUCAUCACCUAUGUGGUCUCCUACUACCACUACUUUUCCAAGAUGAAGGCUCUUAUUGUGGAGGGCAAGAGGGUCGGCAAGGUACUCGAGAACUGUGUCGAAGCCGAGAAGAUCAUCAACCGCUACGAAGCUCUGGCGUCCGACCUGCUGGACUGGAUCGAGAAGACCAUCGCCAUCAUCAGCAACCAGAAGUUUGCCAACUCGCUGACCGGAGUUCAGCAGCAGCUUCAGGCCUUCACGACCUACUGCACCAUCGAGAAGCCCAUCAAGUUUCAGGAGAAGGGAAAUCUCGAGGUUCUUCUCUUCACCAUCCAAAGCAAACUCAGAGCCAACAACCAGAAACCCUAUGUGCCUCAUGACGGGAAGCUGAUCUCAGACAUCAACAAGGCCUGGGAGAGGCUAGAGAAGGCGGAGCAUGAGAGGGGUGUGGCCCUGCGCAAGGAGCUGAUUCGUCAGGAGAAGUUGGAAUUGCUGGCUCAGCGCUUUGACCACAAAACCACCAUGAGACAAGCCUGGCUCAACGAAAACCAGAGGCUUGUAUCACAGGACAAUUUCGGCUACGACCUGCCAGCAGUCGAGGCGGCAAUGAAGAAACAUGAGGCCAUAGAAGCGGACAUCGCCUCAUAUGAAGAGCGAAUCGGAGUGGUGGUGGAACUCGCAGCAGAGAUGGAGACGGAAGGAUACUACGACAUCCGACGUAUCUUGGCUCGCAAGGAGAACAUCCUGGGGCAGUGGGCUCUGCUGAAGGAGCUGGUGGCAGGGAGGAGGACCCGGCUGGAGAAGAACCUGGCCAUGCAGAAGACCUUUCAGGACAUGGUUUACAUGAUCGACUGGAUGGAGGACAUACAGGUCCAGCUGCUGUCAAAGGACUUUGGGAAACAUCUCCUGGAGGUGGACGACCUGCUGCAGAAACACAGCCUGCAGGAGGCAGACAUCGCUGUGCAGGCGGAGCGGGUGGAGACGCUCAACACAGCUGCGCUCAAAUUUACCACGAUAGAGGGUUACCAGCCGUGCGACCCUCAGGUGAUCUGUAACCGGGUCAACCACGUGUCUUCCUGUCUGGAGGAGCUCAAACAACUGGCAGUGAAAAGACACGCUGAGCUCGAGGAGUCCAGACAGCUCUGGGCCUUUUUUCAGGAGCUGGAGGAGUCGGAGGCCUGGAUCAGAGAGAAAAGCUCCAUCCUGGGAGCUCAGGGCUACGGGAAGGACCUGAGCAGUGUGCUGAGGCUACUACAAAAACACAAGACUCUGGCUGGAGAACUGCUGGCUCACCGGUCACUGCUGCAGAACACCAUGAAGAGAGGGAAGCAGAUCCUGAGCGAGAAGAGCUUCGGCACCGCGGGGAUCCAGGAGCGCAUCAUGGAGGUGAAGGGGGAGUGGAAGCAGCUGGAGGACCAGGCAGCGCAGCGGCUUGAACACCUGCAGGAGGCGCUCCACUUUUUCCAGUUCUCCACGGAGACAGACGACCUGGUGGUCUGGCUGCAGGACGCUUACCGCCUGGUCUCCAGCGAAGACUUUGGACAUGACGAGUACUCAACUCAGUCACUGCUGAAGAAGCACAGAGGGGUCAGCGAGGCUGUCGACAAACAUCGAAUGCAUGUGGUGACGCUGCGCAAACACAUGGUGGCGCUGCCUCUGCGAUACCGUGACCAGGAGGAGGUGCAGGUUCGUAUGGCCGAGGUGGAGCAGCUGUACACCGAGGUGGCUGAGGUGGCCGUGCUCCGACAGCAGUGGCUUCACGACGCCCUCGCCGUCUACCACAUGUUCAGUGAGGUCAACGCCUGCGAGCUGUGGAUCGAUGAGAAGGAGCAGUGGCUGGACAAGAUGGAGAUCCCUGAGAGGCUGGAGGACGUGGAGGUGGUGGCACACAGGUUUGAGAGUCUGGACCAGGAGAUGAACAGCCUGAUGGGAAGGAUCCUGGAUGUCAAUCAGAUAGUUCAGCAGCUCCUGGAUGGAUGUCAUCCGUCUUCUACAGAGGUCAGAGGUUGUCAGGACCAUCUCAACUCCAGGUGGAACAGCAUCGUGGAGCUGGUCGAGCAGAAGAAGGAUCAGCUGGACGCCAUGUUGCGUCUGCAGAACUACUUGCUGGAGUGUGCAGAGAUCAAGUCUCAGAUCCAGGACAAGAGAAAAGCCAUCGACUCCACCCAGUACGUGGGCAGUGACCUGGGAGGAGUCCUGGCUCUGCAGAGACGCCUCUCCACCAUGGAGGGAGCCCUGUCUGUGCUGGAGCCCAAACUGAUGCAUCUGCAGGAGGAGGCGGAGCAUCUGGCCUCGGUUCAUUCCGGUCGGACCAUGGACGUUCUCGUACCGUUCGAUGGCAUCAGCCUCGAGUGGGAGGAGCUGAAACGCACCCUGCAGGGAUGCGAGGACUCGCUGCUGGUGGCCGGCCGGCUGCAAAGCUUCAUACAGGACCUGGACUCGUUCCUCACCUGGUUGGUCCAGACCCAGACGGCCGCUGCCUCCGACCAGCUGCCCAACGACCUGGAGGAGGCCGAGAAACUCAUCAACAAACACGCUGCCCUGAAGGAGGAGAUAGGACGAUAUGAAGAGGACUACGAGCGCCUGCAGGCCAUGAACGAGCUGCUGGAGUCCGAGGAGGCCCCUCUGCCUCAUGCCGCUCUGCAGCAGUGGCUCCAGAAGCUCGAUGUCGGCUGGAAUAAACUGCUGGAGAUGUGGGAGAGCAGGAGAGAAGUUCUGGUCCAGGCUCAUAUCUUCCAUCUGUUCCUGCGAGACGUUAAACAGGCUGAGUCCUUCCUCAAUAACCAGGAAUCGGCCCUCGCUCACGUGGAGCUGCCCGCCACAGUGGAGACGGUUGAAGCCGCCAUAAAGAAACACAAGGACUUCACCACCACCAUGGAGCUGAACCUGCACCGGAUCAAAGCUGUGAUCGAGGCCGGCGAGAGUCUGAUCAGCCAGAGCAACAUCUACUCCGAUCGCAUCAGGGAACGCAUCGACACCCUCGCCAACAGGGGAAACCAGAACAGAGAGCUGGCUCAGCGGUGGCUGGAAAAACUGAAUGACCAGUGGGAACUGCAGAGGUUUCUCCAGGACUGUCACGAGCUGGGGGACUGGGUGUACGAGAAGAUGCUGAUGGCGAGGGACAGCAGCCGAGACGAGACCCAGAAGCUUCACAAGAAAUGGCUGAAGCACCAGGCCUUCAUGGCCGAGUUGGCCCAGAAUAAAGAGUGGCUGGACAAAAUCGAGAGGGAGGGCCAGCAGCUGAUCCAGGAGAAGCCGGAGCUCAGUCCCGUGGUCCGGAGGAAGCUGGAGGAGAUCCGGGAGUGCUGGCAGGAUCUGGAGAGCACCACCCAGGCCAAAGCCCGGCAGCUCUUUGAGGCCAACAAGGCCGACCUGCUGGUGCAGAGCUAUGAAAGCCUGGACCAGAGGCUGGGCCAGCUGGAGGGUCAACUGGCCUACGUGGACCAGGGACAGGACCUCACCACCGUCAACAAGCAGCUGAAGAAACUGCAGACCAUGGAGACCCAGAUGGAGGCGUGGUACCAGGAGGUGGGGCAGCUCCAGGUGCAGGCAGCCUCCAUACCACAGCAGACGCAGAUCAAGGGGACGGUGGCGGAGCGUCAGGCCGUCGUGGAAGCCAGGAUGGUGCGUCUCAUCGAGCCGCUGAAGGAGCGGCGGCGCAUCCUGCUGGCGUCGAAGGAAGUGCACCAAGUCGGACGAGACCUGGAGGACGAGAUUUUGUGGAUCCAGGAGCGCCUCCCGAUGGCCAUGUCUCAGGAGCACGGUUCUUCGUUGCAGUCCGUCCAGCAGCUCAUGAAGAAGAAUCAGACUCUUCAGAGGGAGCUGCAGGGCCACAUGAGCAGGAUUGACGACGUCCUGGAGAGGGCGGGAAUCAUCGCCUCCAUACGCAGCCCCGAGGCAGACUGCGUCAGGGCGGGCCACGACCAGCUGGCCUAUCUGUGGGCUCUGCUCUGGGCCGAGACCGAGAGGAGGCAACUGGUCCUGGACGCCAUGUACCAGGCCCAGCAGUACUACUUCGACACGGCCGAGGUGGAGGCCUGGCUGAGCGAGCAAGAGCUGCACAUGAUGAACGAGGAGAAGGGGAAGGACGAGCCCAGCACCCUGCAGCUGCUGAAGAAACACUUGGUCCUGGAACAGACCAUCGAGGACUAUGCUGAGACCAUCGGCCUUCUGUCGCAGCAGUGCCGGCAGCUGCUGGAGAUGGGGCAUCCGGACUGCGAGCAGAUCAGCAAGCGCCAGUCGCAGAUUGACCGUCUGUACGUGUCCCUGAAGGACCUGGUGGAGGAGAGGAAGAGCCGCCUGGAGCAGCAGUACUGGCUCUACCAGCUCAAUAGAGAGGUGGACGAGCUGGAGCAGUGGAUCGCUCAGAGGGAGGUGGUCGCCAGCUCCCCUGAACUGGGCCAAGACUACGAGCAUGUGACAAUGUUUGUCUUUCCUUUCUCAACCUCCCAUCCACACCUCCAGGUCCUGCAGGAGAAGUUCACAGAGUUUGCAUCAGAGACCGGCAGCGUGGGGCAGGAGCGAGUGACGGCCGUCAACCAGAUGGUGGACGAGCUCAUCGACUACGGCCACUCGGACGCCGCCACCAUCGCGGAGUGGAAGGACGGCGUGAACGAGGCCUGGGCCGACCUGCUGGAGCUCAUCGAGACCCGGGCACAGAUGCUCGCCGCCUCACAUCAGCUGCACAAGUUCUUCUCCGACUGCCGAGAGGUUUUGGCUCAGAUUGAGGACAAACAUCGAAGACUGCCAGAAGUUCGGGCUCGACAGGGCAGCACUGCCAACACCAGCACCCUGCAGAGACUCCUGCACAGCUUCGAACAGGACAUACAGCUGCUGGUCACGCAGGUGCGUCAGCUGCAGGAGAGUGCGGCCCAGCUGAGGACGGUGUACGCCGGCGAGAAGGCCGAAGCCAUCGCGUGCCGUGAGCACGAAGUGAUGCAGUUCUGGAAGGAGCUGCUGACGUCCUGUGAAGAGUGUCGAGUGCAAAUCACCACCGAGACAGAUAAAUUGAGGUUCUUCAGCAUGGUCCGAGACCAGAUCAUGUGGAUGGACUCGAUCAUCUGUCAGAUAGGGGCGGGAGAGAAGCCCAGAGAUGUGUCCUCAGUGGAGGUGCUGAUGAAUUAUCACCAGAGUCUGAGAGGCGAAAUCGAGGCUCGCAGUCGGAGCGUUCUCAAGUGUAUUGAAAUGGGAAAGACCCUGCUGGCUGUUCGAAACCCUGCAGCUGAAGAGAUUAAGGAGAAGCUGGACAAGGUGGUUGCUAAGCAACAAGAGCUGUCUGAGAAGUGGGACAAGCACUGGGAAGUCCUACAGCAACUGCUCGAGGUCCACCAGUUCGCCCAGGAGGCGGUGGUGGCCGAGGCGUGGCUGACGGCUCAGGAGCCGUUCAUUACCAGCUGCGAGCUGGGCGCCAGUGUGGAUGAGGUGGAGCAACUGAUUCGUCGACAUGAAGCCUUCCGCAAAGCCGCUGCCACCUGGGAGGAGCGGUUCAGCUCCCUACGACGAAUCACCACGGUAGAGAAGUUGAAAGCAGAGCAAAGUAAACUCCCCCCAACUCCUCUGCUGGGUCGUAAAGUCUUCCUGGACCCCCAAGACGCCGCCCCGAGUCAACUCACCCUCCCCCGCAUCCCGCUCUCCCCCGUCAUGAGACAGACCAUCUACGAACAGAACGAAGCUAGCUCCCCUCCCUCGCCCUCCCCUGCCACUCCUACACCCUCUCCUUCUUCUGUGGUUCGUCGGCUGGGGUCGACAGUCGCCCCCUAUACCCCUGUGAUGAAUGGCUCCACCUACCGUCACACCCUGGAGGCACGGCAUGGUGGCGUGGUGGGUGUGGCAGCAGGACUAGGCCAGCCCGCACCUUCCUCAAUUGCAUCUAUUGCUACAGCCGCCAUGCUAGUCUCAGCCAACCAGGCGCGAGAAGGCGUCAGUACGGCAAGAGAGCAUGCGACGAAAGCCAUGACUCACCUCCAGCCAGUGCAGGCAGCAAAGGAACUGGAGGUGAAAUCGUCUCCGUAUCUGAGGCAGCCCAAAAUCAAACACAUGGAUGACAUAGUGACGCCUCUGAUCGUGGCCAGCCGGCUGGAGAAGGUGAGGGAGAGGGGGAGGGAGAGAGAGAUGAUGAUGGGAGAGAUAUGUACAGAGAAAGUGGAGAUGGCGGUGAUGGCCGAGGUGGUGCUCCAGGAGCCGGGUCGGGAGCGUCUGCAUAGCGAGCCCACCAGAGGCCCCCGGGGGUCCAGGAGUGACCCGUUGGGCCACGCCGAGCCCCAGGUCCAGACACACAGAGAACACAAGAUAGAACGGCAGCUGUCCAGCGAGCAGCUGAUCCAAGCGCGCAGGGACGAGCUGCCUCAGGAGGUGUGGAGGGAACAUGCAGAGAGGCGGGACAAGCGGACAUUAGAGAGACAAACGUCCAGCGAGCACGAGGCCCCCGGGGGCCACGAGGGCCGGCGGAGAGAGAGGGACCGCAACCGGCUGGAGAGACAGGAAUCCAGUGAGCAUGAAACUGCGAAGGAGCAAUCAGACAGACGCUCAGCAGGAGGAGCGAGAGAAGAGAAGAGAUCCACCAUGGCAGAAAUUGUAGAGCAGCUGCAAGAAAGAGAAGCAGCACAGGCCCGUGGCGAGGUUCCCCGCCUCCCUAACGGGUUGCCAGAGAAGUCUUCCCGUCCCGACCGACCCCGAGCUCGGGACAGACCCAAACCACGGCGGCGACCACGACCCAAAGAGGCGGGAGAGGCGACGACGCGGCGGUCCAGGUCCGCUCCGGCUCAGAGCAGCCCGGCAGUUCCCCAGCCGCCAGCGCACACCGCACACCAAGAGGGCUUCCUGUUCCGCAAGCUGGACAUCGAGAGUCUGAAGAAGAGCACCAACAGCAGGUCAUGGGUCAACCUGUACUGCGUGCUGAACAAAGGGGAGAUGGGUUUCUACAAGGAUGCCAAGAAUACCGCCACGGCCUACAACAACGAGCCGAUGCUCAACCUCUCCCACUGCCACUGCGACGUCACCAACGGAUACAAGAAGAAGAAGAACGUCUUCACACUCAAAACGAAGGAUGGCAGCGAGUUUUUGUUUCAUGCUAAAGAUGAGGACGACCUCAAAGCGUGGGUGACCAACAUCACCGCCAGUAUUACAGAGCACGAGGAGAUUGCCAAAUGGGGCCAGCCCCAACCAACUACCUCAUCCACAGACGAGGGCACGCGCCGCGACGGCAGCAAGGCAGACAACCGGUCAGAGCGAGGCGGCGAGCGCUCGGACCGAGGCGACCGGAUCGAGAGGGCAGACAAGGAAAAGGAGAGGGACCGAGGCGAUAGGUCGGAGAGGUCAGAUCGAGGUGGGAAGUCGGAAGCGAAGCGCUCAGAGAAGUCUGGUAAGAAAAAGUGAGCCGGGCGACAGAUUGGUCGGGAUUGAAGCGUAUGAACUCCGGGUGGGAGGCGGGGCUGUAGACUGGUAGUGAACGCCCCCCUCCUUCUCUCCGCCUCCAACACUGUCAACAAAGAGGUUGUGUUUGGAUGGAAAGUGACACACAGGACAGAGGGACUGACCCAGGCUCAUUCACAGGAAGGACAGGAUGAAUGAGGAGCAGGAGACAUCUUUCUCCCUCUCUUUCUCUCCUCUGUGUCUCUGUGAGACCACACAGAGUCACUGUACGCCCCCUGGUGGCCUUUUCAGAGAACCGCCGAGGGUGGAGUUUUGUGCUGCUGAACCCCCGGGCAGCAUUGACGCAAGAGAGAGACGGGACAUGCAUCACGUUAACUUGAAGGCUGUUACUGAUUGCUGGUUGUUUGAUAAAACGUAGCCCAUACUGUUCGACAUACUGUUUGUUCUUUUCUGUGAGAUGAGCUCUAUCUGUAUGUAUUUCUCGUCUGUCCGUCCUAUCUACUGUAUCUAUCCGUCCGUCCGUAAGUUAAGACAUCUUACACUAUGUCUUAUUACUCCUCGGAAAUCGAAAGAGAAUGAAAUUAUGCCAAAAUGUUUAACAAACCCACAAACUUAGAGAAACUUUUUUUGUUAACUCUUUUCUCCACUGUGUCUCAUCUGUCUCGAGGUCUCACCAUGAACAGACGUGGAACUCAGACUGGUUCACUUUGAUACCAAACACCACUGACGCCACAGUCGUCCAAACCCAUCACGAAUGAAUCAACACUGCUGAACAGCUGCUGUCCUGAUUUUAGGAAGAUGGAAAGAAAAUGGUUUAGGAGGAGGAGGGGCGUACGGAGCGCAGAAACCUCUGACCCGUGCUCAGAAAUUACUAGAAACACUUGAAAUCUCGACGUUACGAUUUCACAACGCUGAAAGUUGCUCCGAAUUUUCUGAAAUCUGCCUGACGAGAGAAUGCCGCUGCUUCCUUUUGUUCAUGUUGAAUCAGGGUCAGAGAUUUUCUCACGAAGAUUCCUGAAGAACGGACGAGUCACAUGGUGUUUUAACCUGUGACCAAUUCAGACAGAUUAAAAGACAGAUGCACAGUUUUUGGAUGAUUGGUCAGAAAGAGACUUAAACUGAAGGUAAUCUCUGGUUCUCAGGGGCCUCAUUUAUUAAAAUGUGAUUUGAUUUUUAUUUAAUUCAAGUAAAGACCUGAUAAAAGAAACAUUUUAAUGUCCCUAUUUUCUGAUUUAUGUAUAAAUAUCUAAUAAUAAUCAAUUUUGAUCAACUGGUUUUUAUCAUCAAAGAUCAGUUUUCCAUAUAUUACAUGUUUGGCUUUGGUCAUAAGCACAAAAUCUGCAUUGGGCAUGUUUUUAAUGAAUGAGGCCCUCAGGCUGAAAACUGGCCUCAUUUCAUUCUCUCACAUCAAACUACUUUGAUUUAUUCACACAUCCGUUUUAUACAGAGUUCAAAAUAACUUUUUUGUGUGCGUGUGUUUGUGUGUGUGAGUCUGCGUGCGUGCACAUGUGUGCUGCUGCCCUCCGCUCCCAGGGUCUCCAUAGCUCUCAGGUUAUUUAUGUUUGUGUGUGCUUACCGUGUGCUUCACGUGCUCAUACGUUUGUCCCCUCAGACGCCACCUUAGUCUUCCAGACACGUCCGGUCUACAACACACACACACACACACACACACACACACACACACACACACACACACACACACACACACACACACACACACACACACACACACACACACACACACAUCAUACAAAGGAGUAUGGAACUCAGCAGGUUUAAUUUGUCGGAGAUUAAUAACCUGUUUCCGAGUGUAAACUGUCUGGGUCAACAUCUCGUCAGUGUAGCGUUAGACAGGAAUGAAUGACUGAAUAAAUGAAUGAAUAAGUGAAUGAAGUGACACAGGCGACAGCCAGGAUUUCACACUGACCAAAUAUUUUACAAAAAAAGGGGUUAAACUGCCUGUAAGUCCUGAGAUUGCAUGUUUUGCUUGGAGAGAAAUCACUUGUCUUAAGAAGCUCGUCUCUGCUGCCCACUGACUCUGCAUCCACACGUCGGUUCAUGUUUAUUUCUUGUGAACUCACCACGAAGCCAUAAACCACAGGAAACAAGGACAAAAGAAAAGGAUUGAGAGAAGAGUUAAAGUCUAAUGAAGUGGUAAAUGCAGCAUGGGUUUUGUGAAGCAUGAGCCACGGAGGCUGACGGGCAGAUUAAAGUUUCUGUGGAAGCCUCCGGGGUCAGAAAGCAUUUCAAACCCUUUUUAUAAAUUCAUUUCAGAUACGAAUGCUGUUUUAAUAUCACUGCUGCUGAAUGAAGAUAUUCUUCAUUUGGUUGUGAUUUAUUUUUUUCACUUGAAGUCCAACUGAAAUGUGGCUGAUUUAUUUUCUGCUCCAGCCCAAACAUCUGCUCUGUAAAUCAUGUCAAAGGGGGAAUUCAUAUCAUAACUAGAGCCUGACUGAUAUGGAUGUUCGGGGAUUGAUACUGAAACAGAUCAAAACAUUUCAUAAAUUAAAAAUACUCUGAUCUAUAUACUUAUAUUGGCUGCAAUAAAUAGAUUUUAAUUAAUAAUUGAUUGGCAAUGAUUCCUAAGAUUCGUUAGCAAACUACUAUGACAAAGAAAUGUAACUGAGGCUUGAUAUUUUAUAGUAUUUUAACAUAAACUUAAUCAUAAAUAACCGUGAAUAAAAGAACCAAAUAUAUAGAACUUGAAUUAAAAAAUAAAUACAUAUACAUAUACAUAUUUGUUUAUUCUGUAAAAUAAAACUUUCUCUGAUACUGUUAUUAUGUUGUCAACAAAACAAAUCUGACAUGUGAGCUGGAUUUGGACAAAAGUCAAAUGUAUCUUUGGUUUGAUAAAGAAAAUAACUAAACAAUACAUUUUGAAAACGUGAUGUGAUUUCAGUUGGACUUUAAACUUGCGUCAUCCUCUCUGAUCAGGUCAUUUCCUGUCUGUAGAGCCCAGGAAUCCCACUGAGGAUUUGUUUUAUAUUUUUAGAAAUCAUUUUUUACCUGGGUGAAGUUGAUCAUCUUCUCUGUUUCUGAAAAGUUUCACAUGCAGGUGAGGAGUUACAGUGUUUUUAUACUGUGUCUGGCUGUUCCUGUGUGUUUGUAUUUGUUUUUUUAAGUUGUACCUUUUUCCCUUCAGGAUUUUAAAUUCUCUCUCGACCUUUUUUUGUGGUUUUGUUUAUCAUAAAACAUGACUUGAGAACAUGAAACUUUCUUUAUCUUUUCCUUUUUUUUACGUCAACACUUUUUAUGCAUCUAAAUUAGGCGUGAAUGCCGGAUCAAUGCAAUCAUUUACAUGCAUGUUGGACACAACAAACAGUCAGAGUUAAAGUAGGUGAAUUCAUGUGUGAAGUGACACGGUGCAGUCGUCUGCGGUCAGAUCAUCACUCUAACAUCCUGAUGAACUGACGCACCUUGAUGCUGUAGAUGCACACGGGACAGAACGUGCAGGGGACAGCUCACGUGAUCACAGGCACCAUCACAGAGUCUGAGAUCUGAACCAUUUUACGCUGCAGAAACAAGAGAUGUGUGAAAGUCAACAUGGGAAACAUCUGAGUGAGAAACAUGGAUAAGGUGGCAGCUGCCCUGCCUGUCUGCGUGUGUCCGUGCUGUCCUGUUCACAUCGACCUCAGUCUGUCGGCCGAGAUGAAAUGACAAAUAAAAUACCUUUUGAUUUAA